AGAGAGAAGAGGAGUCCAGACGAGACGAGGAGACGAGACGAGGAGACGAGGAGACGAGACAAGGAGACGAGACGGCAUACUCACUGUGAACCCUGUCACUCAGGAAAGAGAAGAACACAUUUUGAUCCAUCUCAUCAUGUCCAGGUGGAUUGUUCCAAAGAGGAGACAUGGGGGCAAGGAGCCAGCAUGCUUUGGGAAACCCCCCCCCUUCACAAAAGAGACGCAAGGAAGACGAUGAGACAAGCAGAGAGGACAAAGCACGAUGCAGAACAGAACCAUCAGACAGAUUUGUCAUAUUCAUACAUCCUACUGGUUACGGGUUAAACAACACAAUGUAACAUUUAAAUAAUUCAAGUAGAAUAUAAUUUUGUAUUUUACAAUAGCCAUAUAAUUACUUUCUUUUAUUUUUUAAUGCUUUUAGAAAUGACGUUUAAACAUCAGCAUACUAUGAACUCACAGUAAAUAUAUGUUCUCACAUUCACUGUUUGUCCUAAACUAAGGCUUCCACGUCAUUCGGGUAGGUCAAUCCUUCAAUAAAUAAAAUAAUUAAUUAAUUGUGAAAUAAAUACAAUAGUAAAUAAAGGUAUUAAUGAAUAACAUUAUAAGUAAAUGCUGAAAUACAAGAAUAAGUCCACAAAUAAUAAAAGUUGAUAAUUAAACAGGACAUAAAUAAAUAUUGCAAUUUUUUUUUCUAAAUCUUCAUUCACUUAGAUUCAUGUAUACAUUUCUGAAUAAUAAUUGUAAUGAGGUCAAUUCUGACGCUUAGAGAGGAAUAUAUGUAUUUCAACAUUUAUAAUUAUAUUCUGUAUUUAUACUUUAUUCGUACAUUACAUAUUCAUUUCAUCUGUCACAUUGGACUCGACCAAUCACGCUCUCCAUGUCUCACAGGUACACGUCCUAUAUCACGCCGCCACAUGACAUCAGACAUCCAGGUGUCAGGCUCAGCACCAGCACCUCUUGGUUCUGCUCCACAGGUCGUGGUCUGGACUCCGCGCGGACUUCUCUACGCCCCGUUCUAAAUGUGUCAAUGUUCGCUAAAUCACGCUUGAAGCAGCGCCUUGGACCGCUCGGCCCUCCUGCCUAUAUAAAUCAUUACGUCAUCUGAAGACAGCAUCUGUGAACAUAUUUACAUGUCGGAAGUGGGAUUGGAAACCACGCCUCCAGGGGAGCCUGCGACUACCUGGAUCAGGCGAGGCCAGCAAAAAUCCAUUGUCAGCGGCCAAUCGCUGUGCUCGCUCAACAAGGAUUUGGGCAAAUGGCGCUGCGGCGUCACAUUGGACUCGGCCAAUCGUGACUGCGCAGCGCAACAUUGGACAAUUAAUUUUUGUCUUCAAAAAGUUUUGAUGUCAGAAGUGGGAUUCGAACCCACGCCUCCAGGGGAGACUGCGACCUGAACGCAGCGCCUUAGACCGCUCGGCCAUCCUGACUAUACGGAUACGGAUUUACAUAACACGUUUAGGUGUCAUAGAUACAGAUACAGUUUAUUUUGCUGUGAUUAGUUUCGUGUCUUGUUGUUUUGUGUAUUUACAGAAUAUAAUGUCAACAACUCACUCAUGUUACAUAAUGCACUGUAAAGUCUUAAGCUUGAAUAAUAUAAUAUGUUGUUAUCUCUGUUACUUACUUCAACCACACAGAGAGAGAGAGAGAGAGAGAGAGCGAGCGAGAGAGAGAGAGAGAGAGAGAGAGAGAGAGAGAGACAGACAGAGAGAGAGAAAGAAAGAGAGACUGUGUGAACAACAGCAGCUCCGCUCAGGCAGCAGACGGCGGCCCGCACCUCCGGUCCUUUCUGCCGUUAUUCCCCCCGCCUUCAUUUCCAUUCUUCCUCUUCCUGUUCGGGCUCACUCCUUUCCUUUCCGUAGCCGGCGCGGAGAAAUGUCUGCCAGACCGGGAUUCUACCAGCAGGAGCUGAACAAGACUGUGUGGGAGGUUCCGGAGCGGUACCAGAACCUGACGCCGGUGGGCUCCGGAGCCUACGGCUCGGUGUGCUCGGCGUAUGACGUCGUCUCGCGGCAGAAGGUGGCGGUGAAGAAGCUGUCCAGGCCUUUUCAGUCCCUGAUCCACAGCCGCCGCUCAUACCGGGAACUCAGGCUGCUCAAGCACAUGAAACACGAGAAUGUAAUAGGACUGCUGGAUGUCUUCACGCCUGCUGCAGCAUUAGAGGACUUCAAUGAACUCUACCUGGUGACUAACCUGAUGGGCGCAGACCUCAACAACAUCGUUAAAUUUCAGAGGCUGUCAGACGAGCAUGUGCAGUUCCUAAUUUACCAGCUUCUGCGCGGCCUCAAGUACAUCCAUUCAGCAGGAUUGAUUCACAGAGACCUCAAGCCAAGUAAUGUGGCAGUAAAUGAGGACUGCGAGCUGAGGAUCCUUGACUUUGGAUUGGCCAGACAGACAGACGACGAGAUGACAGGGUACGUGGCGACUCGCUGGUAUCGAGCGCCGGAGAUCAUGCUGAACUGGAUGCACUACAAUCAGAAUGUGGAUAUUUGGUCAGUGGGAUGCAUUAUGGGAGAGCUGCUGAAGGGAAAAGUCCUUUUUCCCGGCACCGACUAUAUAGACCAGCUGAAGAGAAUCAUGGAGGUGGUUGGGACUCCGACACCCGACCUGUUGAAGAAGAUCUGCUCUGAACACGCACAGAAGUACAUCCAAUCUCUUCCCUUCAUGCCCCAGCAGGACCUGGAGAAGAUCUUCAGAGGAGCAAAUCCACUGGCUGUCGAUCUACUGAAGCGUAUGCUGGUUCUGGACUGUGAUGGGAGGAUCUCGGCCAGCGAGGCUCUGUCCCACCCUUACUUCUCACAGUACCACGAUCCAGACGACGAGCCAGAGGCCCUGCCUUACGACCAAACGCUGGAGAGUAAAGACCGAACUCUAGAAGAAUGGAAAGAGUUGGUAUUUGAAGAGGUGACCUGCGUCAAAGCAUCCGGCAGCAAGACCGAUAGCCUUCAGGCGGAGCAGUAAGCCUCUUUCAGCUCUGCCUCAACCCUCACCCUGUAUAAGGACCAAGUACUCAAUGAUUGGGAGAAUGAAGAAAACUCUGCAUUCCCUCUGCUCAGCGUGACUGUGUUUGAUUGCCUGUCAUGGGUGUAUUUGAGCAGCGGGGCAGAACUGUGUCCCUGGGAUCAGAUGCACACAUUGCAACUCACAGGAAGAAUUUUUAAAUCCGAUACAAGGAGCUUUCCAGUCCAGAAAGUUGUUUCCUCUUAUGUUUCCGCUCAGUGACGAUAAAAUGAGGAACCAUUCGACGUCAGGGAUCGCAGAGGGCGUGAUGAUUCAUACGGGGAAGCAACUUCCCGGAACUGAACUGUGUUUACAGACUCAUAGAAAGGUACCGAAGGAAGAAAAAAAUAAAAACAAAAAAAAGCACACUAGGAUUUCCAAAGCAACGACAUUUUGUCCCUCAUUAUGACAAAUGCCGUAAGCAGUCAGUGCAUUCAUAUAUGGAAUUCAUGUUUAAAGGCUUGCGGCGAUGCCACGUCAUGUCACAAGAGCAGCUUAGCAUUCAGCUUGCAUACUACUGCAUGAUUUUUGUGCAUUUUAUUAUUGCAAAAAAUAUUACUGGUAUUGUAUUAUAUAACAAUUAAGACUGCUUAUUGCAUAUGACAAACUGCUAUAAAAGCAGCCUGAGGGUCAGAGAGAGGCAUUACUAGGAAAUGUGACCAACCUUUAAUCUGUUCUAUCUUUAUAAUUCAAGUGGAGUUCAAAAACAAUUAUACAAAAGCAAAUGAGAGUCAUCCUCUUCUGCUUACGGAGUAGUAAACACCAACUGUGCUAUUAAUUAUCAUGGUAAUUAAUACAUGCCAAAACUGGAGCAGCAUGACUGUGUUGCAGGUCUGUGUUUACAGUGCGACCUCGCUUGUCAUAUAUAGUUUCAGCCGAUGGCUGAUAUCAUGUCACCUGUUGGCUUUGGCAGCGCCCCAUCAUGUUUCCAUCAUUCUCUGUUGUGUCUUUUAAAGCCCCGGGUUGUGUUUACAAUAAUACAAGUUUACAGGCAUUUUGUAAGCUGUUAGAAACCGUGGUGGAUAAUAUUACCACCCAGCUCCAUGGAAGUACUGACUGGUCAAACACUCCCAUGAAACCUAAUUUCCUCAUCUUCUUUUUUGUUUUCAUGUUGCUUGAAUGUUAAUAAUGAAAAUGAUGUGUGUACAUUUAUUAGUGACCAUAGUAUAAAAGCACUGGGGAUGUUCUUUACCUCACUUGUGGGUAUUUCAGUAACACUGAACUCCAUAGCUUAUUGCAACAUGUGGCCACCCUUACAUGUAAUAUGUGUAUAAGCUGCAUGAGCUCAAUGCAUAGUCAAAUUAUCACAAGGAAUGGCUGGCUUCUUCACCAACAUCGUGUCACUCAUCUUACAGCAGACUGGAGUUUUAGUUCGACAAACGUUUUGCUGAGGGAGGAAUACUCUGCUUGUAUUAACCCACACUGUGCAGAGCCAACAGGUUUUCCAGCUUAAUGCUGGAGGUCAGGGAACAUGUGAAGAGGACAAAGAGGUCAACGAUGAUGUUAUACAAUCUAGAAGUAAAUACAAAUAUAUAAAAAAUACGGUGCGUUUAUUGCAUCUAGAGUUAUUAGAUAACUAUCUGAGCAUUUUAAACUUUAAGUAAAAUGAAGAGUUCAUUAAUUGAUGCUGGUUAACAUUUUGGGAGAUAAACACGGACUGUAUGUAUUAGGAGCUAAAAGGCUCAUAAUUCAGGACCACAAAUAAAUACAGUUUAUAUCUAACUGCUGCAAAUGCAUCAUCACACUUAAUCUGUAUCGGCCUACUAUCUGGAUACAAGUUGGAUAGUAGGUGUACAGCAGGUAGAUGUUUUCUAGAACCUGACCCUCUAUUGCCAAGUAGCAUCACUAGUAGCUCUUUAGGUUAGCUAAAGAGCUACUAGCUAUCUUUGAUUGUAACCUGGGCUAGCUAAAGUACUAACAUACAUUAGUAUAACUACUGUAUGGCGUAUAAGCUACACAUGGUUGGCAAUGAAUCCCAUCUGAGGUUUUAUUUCACUGCAGAUAUGAGAUGAACAAAGGAAUAGGAAGAAACCCUAGCUAACCAGUCUAGCUAGCUUUGUUAGCCAGUGAGGUUAUAAGGUUAAACGGUGGUUCUAUGGCUUGUCCCACUCUAGUCUAACCACACCAAUGAGAUUAUGUCUACUUAAAAGAAACAUUAGUACAAGUAAAAUAUAAUUUUUGAAGAACACAAGAAAUGAAACCCACUCCGAGCUAUUUCUUUGCCCCUGUAAUGGUUCUCACUGGAGUGCUACAUGUAGCCUUUUGUGCAAGUCGUUGAUUACACUGGAUGCAACAUGUUGGAAUUUACAGUCCAAGUGUCUCAAACCUGUCUGUCUCAGUCAUGUCACUGUAUUAGAGCUCUGAAUGUUAAAGUGGCAUGUGCUUAUGUGGAUGUUGUAUAUGGGUUGGAUUUGAAUAGCAAACUGCAAAUUGAAUGUAUACGUGUACCGUAUGUAUGUGUGUCUUUUGAAUACAUGGUGGCAUGUGAUUCAAGGGUAGCCAUGAGUUUUAAAUCACUAAACUGAAUGUCAACUUGUCAGUUUUCAAACGAUUCAGAGAAUUUUCUCAUUCAUUAUCAACGGACAUGACUUGGCAAGUCUUCAACAGAAUAAACACCAUCAGUUCUGAUAA